CUAAACUAAGCUACUAUAUUAUUCCGCGUUGUGUGCUGGGAGGCGCACAUAUAUAAGCGGACAUGAUCAGUGUCGUAAAUGCUCACAGCUGAGGGCGAUUCAGACACACGUGAAAAUCCCAGCCAAUGACAGAACAGGGAGGAGACAUGACAGAAACAUAAACAAACACACGUGUCCAAAUGUCACUACUGUCAACAACGGAAAAGCAGGUGCUCGCGCAGUCACGCUUAGAGCACCCUGCUUCAAGGGGAAAUCGUGACAGCCGUCCUGUUCUGUGCUGGCCUGGAUACAGUCUCCACUUCCUCGCUGUGUUACCGUGCUCCUGAUGUUCUGUUUUGGGUCAUGCAAGCUGAAUGAAACGAGGCAUGGAGCCAAAUUUUGAAGAACAAUGCACAUCAAAUAUCUUGAUAAGAAAACACAGAGAUACCGUUCUCUUACAGCUUAAUAUUGGAUUAUCAACAUUUUAUAUAUAACAGCAUCCCAUGGCGUACUAGAUACAGAUACUGAGACAACCAACCCCAUUCUCCCCUAUUAAGGAAAAAAAAGUAAAAUGGCUCCUAUUACAACGUACUGACAGACCAUAAUAAACACAAUGCAAGCCAGAGCUUCUUUAGUUUAGCCUCUGCUGCCAUCAAGUGUCAGAAAAUUGUCCCGACCUUUAGAUCCAUAUCACCAUUUGUUUGGUCCCUAUUUUCACACAUAUGUUCCUGUUCCUUUCUUAAACACUGCCAAACCGACCGAGUGCUGGAAUAGUGCAUUUGCUCAUUGGACACUUAAUGAGACGCUCUUUGUUUAGUUAGCUAACGUGCUAACCUUUACCUUCUAACUGAAACGUGACGCGUCCCAGUAUGCCGACAGGUGACAUUCCAGUCACAGAUAGAGAGAUUUCAUGCUCAGGAAGUGCGGAAGUAGGCAAUACUUAGGGUUGACAAUGGGUCAGACUUAAAGUUCAUGCCGAAGGACGAACAGCUCUGCUCCAGGUAAUAGAACAUUUCCACUGGACAGUUCCCGUAUCUGGAGUCACCCUCAGUGAUAGCGCGCAAAAUGACUCACAGGAGACAGGCAGGUAGUAAAAACAAAUGCACUGAGAGGUAAAAACAAUGAGAGGGAAGCAUCGAACUAUUGGAGGCUAUCGGGGUGGUGAAAAAAGAAAAUGGCACUGGGAGCCUUUCUACACUUCCUUUGCACUCCCCAAAGUCCUUCGACUAUGUUCUGGUGGCACAGGAAAUGCAUGAAGAUAGCAGAAAAGAGAACUUCAGGAAGAAAAGGGAUUUCAUCAAAGCUUUGAAAGACAAGAAUUUACAGAUAACGAAAAUUGCUGAUGAUGAUAAAGUUUUUUAUGGCAUUAAAGCCCCAAAAGAGAUAUUUGAGACGUACAGAUAUCUGCUUAAAGUGUCUGAUGCGUGUAACUGGAGCUGUGAACAGCAGGGAAAUAUACCACAAGCAGCAAGGAUACGGAUAGUUGACUACAUCCUGCAUCACACCAGCAUAGACACUGAUGGUGUUCCAGAGUAUCUAUCAGACCUCAUCAAAGAGAAUGUAUUUCAGACUCAAUUUUGUCUCCAUGAGAAAGAGGAACAGAAAGAACUGAGAAAGAGUUGGGCUAGAUGGACUGCCUGUUUUCAUGGACAACCCAUAACUGAUGUAAGACACUACUUUGGAGAAAAGGUGGCUCUGUAUUUCCUGUGGCUGGGCUGGUACACAUUUCUGCUCAUCCCUGCUGCUCUGCUGGGGGUCAUAGUCUUCCUUUAUGGCCUAUUUUUCUUCAAUUUCAACCCUGUAAUACAGGAGGUGUGUAAAUCAGAUGCUAUUAUGUGCCCGCUGUGUGAUAAGAGAUGUAAGGUUUGGCGGCUCUCUGAUACAUGCACAUACGCGAAGGUGAGCACACUGUUUGACAAUGAAGGAACAGUCGCAUUUGCUAUGUUCAUGGCAGUCUGGGCUACAGUGUUUCUAGAGUUCUGGAAACGCCACACAGCCUCAUAUGUCUGUGAGUGGAAAGUUUUUGACUGGUGUGAAGAAGAGGAGGAGCUGAUACUGGAGAUAGUCAAUGACCUUAAUUGCAAGUCAAUGAAGUACAGUCACUCAUAUCUGCGCAGUACACUAAUUAUGGUGCUAAUGACACUCAUGUUGCUGCUGAUUAUUGGGUUGGCACAGGCCCUUGUGGUGUUCAGGGUAAUAACCAGUGUAGAGUUUGCUAAGCAAACCAAAUGGCCUUUUCUUUGUGAAAACAGCAACACAGUGGCGUUGAUGCUGGGAGCAGUGCUGCACUACUUCACAAUAACCAUCAUGACUUGGAUCAAUCGCAGAGUGGCCCUGAAGUUAUGUGAAUUAGAGAAGGUGCGUUCACAUGCUGCUGUUGAAAAGAGCUUCACAGUGAAAAUGUUUACCUUCCAGUUCUUCACUCUUUUCUCCUCACUCGUAUACACAGCAUUCUUUCUUGGCAGGAUAAACGGUCAUCCAGGUGGAUAUGUGAGGAUAGCUGGAAUCUGGAGAUUAGAGGAGUGUCAUCCUAGUGGAUGUCUGACUGACCUGUUCAUUCAGAUGGCCAUCAUCAUGUUGCUCAAACAGAUCAUCAGCAACGUGUUUGAGUUUUCAGGCCCUUGGUUCAGACGGUGGCUGAAAAGGAGACAGAGUCGGAAGCUGAGGAAGAAGGUUAGACAGUGUUCAAAGAAGGACUGUAUGGAAGGUACAGGAGGUGAUAAUCUGUGUGACAGCUGCAAACUUAAGGACUUGCUCUGGAACUUUGACCUUAAUAAUGUGGACUCCUUCAGCCUCUUCAAUGAAUUCCUAGAAAUGGUACUCCAGUUCAGCUUUACCACCAUCUUUGUAGCUGCAUUUCCUCUGGCUCCUCUGCUCGCUCUACUUAACAACAUCAUUGAGAUCAGAAUGGAUGCCAUUAAAAUGGUCAGUCUGGAGCGAAGACUGGUUCCCAGGAAGACAAAUGACAUAGGUGUUUGGACAGAUGUACUGGAAACAAUUGGUGUGCUAGCUGUCAUUGCAAACGGGCUAGUCAUCGGCAUGUCCUCUGAUUUUAUCCCUCGGCUGGUGUAUCGCUACCGAUAUGGACCCUGCGCUAAUUUCACUGCUAGUGGUGUUGAAUGUAUGUCUGGUUAUAUUAAUAACUCUCUGUCUAUCGCUGAUACAAAUGAUGAGAACAUUAGAAAAGACUUUUUACCCCAACAACUCAUUCACAAUGGCAUGAAUGUGACACACUGCAGCUAUAGAGACUAUAGGAGUAAUGAUGACUACACUUUGACCAAUCAGUUUUGGGUCAUUCAGGCAGUCCGCUUUGCCUUCCUCGUCCUUUUUGAGCAUGUGGUGGUGAUAUGUAAGUGCAUCGCAGGGUGGUUUGUCCCCAGUUCUCCCUUAGAGGUGAAAAAUACAAGGCUGCAAGACAAACUCGGAAGACUGAAAGAAGAACUACGCCCAGCAAGAACACAGCAUUUCAGAUCAUAGAAUGAAUGGCAAACUUCAGUGGAUGCCACAAUCCAGAAAACAGAAAAAGUAUAAUCAACUGCAGGAUAAACUGAAUUACAGUGUCUAAUCCAAUGAUGAACCCUGUCCAUUCAUGAUCCCAUUACCAGCAGGAGAAGGGCUGAAGUUGAAAUUCUUGCUGCUGUGCACAGCUGUUAACUUACUGUUUCUAUUUGAUUUAUUCAGUACUCGUUUGCUAAAGUUGAUUAAUGACAUUGUCUUUGUUUGUUUUCCCUAGUAGACUACAUGUUUUGUAUUACAUUGGAUUUACAGUGUACUAUGUAAUUUGUAUAUAUUUCAAUUAUUUGACUGUUAAUUUCAUUUCCAGUUCAUGCAUUGAACAGAUGCAAUAUGUACAGCAAUGCAACAUUUGUAUUUUGUGGAAUAAAGAUUUAGAAAUGCAAACUUUUCUACAAUAUCACACAAACACUGUUUUAAAAAAAAAAAAUAAAAAUGCUCAACUGUGAUAA